CAUUGGCCAUGAUACAGAGGGAUUCAAAGUCAAAGUCAAAGUCAAACAAACUAGAUGCAACUUCUCUCGUUUUCUGAUACGAGGAGUGCAUUGCACACAGGUUUAGCUUCAAGCAGAAGUUCUCUACCAACUGGGUGUCUUUUGUUUUUGUCAAUAUUUGCAGGAAGAGUAGAACCAUGGAAAUGGAGGCAGACUCUCAGGAAAGAGAAGCUCUCCACCAUGAAGCCCAGAACAAAAAGGAGAAGUUUUCUGUACAGGGUCUCUGGGAUUUGCUAUGGUCUCCCAUAAAUUGGUUCAAAAUGCUCAGUAGUGAGUUGCAUUGGAGCUUUGUGAUCAGCGUGGUCAUAGUUUAUGGUAUCAGUCAGGGUCUGAGUAUGGGAUUGAGUAGAAUUAGCAUACAGUAUUACUUGAAAGAUGAGCAGAAAGUGCAGCCCUCUGAGGCCCAAGUGUACCUGGGGAUCAUUCAAAUUCCAUGGAUGGUUAAACCACUUUGGGGUCUUUUCACUGAUACUCUUCCUAUUCUUGGGUACCGCAGAAAGCCUUACUUUGUUUUUGCUGGUGUAAUUGGGGUUGUCUCCAUGCUUGUGCUAUCACUGGACAAGAAAUUAGAUCUUACAAUGUCCCUGUUGUCCCUGAUGGUGGGGAGUGCUGGAGUAGCAAUAGCAGAUGUGACAAUUGAUGCUUGUGUUACAGAAAACAGUAUUAGUCACCCAUCCCUUGCUGGUGACAUGCAAAGCUUGUGUGGACUGACCUCUUCAGUUGGGGCACUGGUGGGAUUCUCACUUAGUGGAUUUUUUGUUCACCUAUUAGGGCCUAAGGGUGUGUUUGGGUUGCUCAGCAUUCCUCCGGGGCUGGUCAUUUUCGUUGGGAUGAUGCUUAGGGAAUCCCAUUUGCACAGCUUUUCUCAUAGACGGGUCAGUGAAAAGUUUCUGGAUUCUGGAAAGGCUAUGUGGACAACCCUGAAAUGCAGCAGUGUGUGGAGGCCUUGUUUGUACAUGUAUUUGUCACUUGCUUUGAGCUUGAGUGUCCGUGAAGGAAUGUUUUACUGGUACACAGAUGCAAAAGGGGGGCCAACUUUCUCAAAGGAGGUUGUUGGGUCCAUAUUCUCUAUUGGUGCUCUUGGCUCCCUUUUUGGGGUCCUCCUCUACCAAAACUUCUUGAAAAGUUACCCUUUCCGUGAUGUGCUUUUCUGGACUCAGUUACUCUAUGGUAUAUCAGGAUUGCUAGACUUGGUAUUCGUGCUGCGCAUAAAUUUGAAACUCGGUUUACCAGACUAUCUUUUUGUUGUGAUUGAUGAAGCAGUUUCUCAGAUGAUUGGGCGCCUUAAGUGGAUGCCUCUUCUUGUACUUAGUUCAAAACUCUGCCCUGCGGGUAUAGAAGGCACUUUCUUUGCUUUGCUCAUGUCCAUUGAUCAUGUUGGGAUUCUCUCAUCUACUUGGGCUGGAGGCCUCUUACUCCACAUCUUGAAUAUCACACGGACACAGUUCGAAAAUCUUUGGAUGGCCAUUUUGAUUCGGAGCAUAUUGAGAAUUUUGCCAAUUGCACUACUUUUCUUAAUACCUCGAACUGAUCCGAACUCCUCUAUUCUUCCAUCUGAGAUGUUGAGGACCAAAAAAGGUGAUGAUCUUGAGUCUGAAAAUCUUGAAAUGGCCUCCCUUGUCAAUGGUAUCUGACCAGAACUAAGGAUGAAUACAAGUCAAUUGAAAGGAAGAUCAACCUAUAGUGACUGUUGUCGAUACUGGAGAUUGGGUUCUUUAAAUGCCAGAACUACUUCUCUGAAUGGUGGCCUUUUUCAAGUUCUCCAAAUUAGUAAGAGUAUGAUUAUUACCACAGUCCAGAAUGUAGGUUUACAAGCAUCUCUUUUCACUGAUAGUUUGUUACUGG